AUGAGUGGAUUACGUUUUCUCGAUUUAAUCAAGCCCUUCACGCCCCUCCUGCCGGAGGUGGCCUCUCCGGAGACCAAGGUGCCGUUCAACCAGAAGCUCAUGUGGACGGGGUUGACCUUGUUGAUCUUCCUGGUCAUGAGCCAAAUGCCACUGUAUGGCAUUGUCUCGUCUGACACCUCCGAUCCGCUGUACUGGCUGCGUAUGAUGCUGGCCAGUAACCGGGGUACGCUGAUGGAAUUGGGUAUCACCCCCAUUAUCUCCUCCGGCAUGGUGUUCCAGCUCCUUGCGGGAACCCACCUCAUCGAUGUCAACCUCGACCUCAAGACCGACCGCGAGCUGUACCAGACCGCUCAGAAGCUGUUCGCCAUUAUCCUGUCCUUUGGCCAGGCUUGCGUUUACGUCCUUACCGGUCUCUAUGGUCAGCCCAGCGACCUCGGUGCUGGUAUCUGUGUUCUCCUGAUCGUGCAGCUGGUGGUUGCCGGCUUGGUUGUCAUUCUCCUGGAUGAGCUGCUGCAGAAAGGAUAUGGUCUUGGAAGCGGAAUUUCGCUCUUCAUCGCCACCAACAUCUGCGAGUCCAUCGUCUGGAAGGCCUUUUCUCCCACGACUAUCAACACCGGCCGUGGCCCCGAGUUCGAGGGCGCCAUCAUCGCUCUCUUCCACCUCCUGCUGACUUGGCCCGACAAGCAGCGUGCUCUGCGGGAGGCCUUCUACCGCCAGAACCUCCCCAACAUCAUGAACCUUCUGGCUACUCUUCUGGUCUUCGCGACUGUUAUCUACCUGCAGGGCUUCCGUGUCGAGAUCCCCGUCAAGUCUGCCCGCCAGCGUGGUGUGCGUGGCUCGUACCCUGUUCGCCUCUUCUACACCUCGAACAUGCCCAUCAUGCUUCAGUCCGCCCUGUGCUCCAACAUCUUCCUGAUCAGCCAGAUGCUGUACUCGCGCUUCUCGGACAACCUGCUCGUCCGUCUUCUGGGUGUGUGGGAGCCUCGUGAGGGAUCUGCUCAGCUGCACGCCGCGUCCGGUAUUGCCUACUACAUGUCCCCUCCUCUGAACUUCAAGGAGGCUCUUCUGGACCCGGUUCACACGGCUGUGUAUGUGACCUUCAUGCUUGUCGCUUGCGCUCUCUUCUCCAAGACCUGGAUCGAGGUCUCCGGCUCCGCCCCGCGUGACGUUGCCAAGCAGCUCAAGGACCAGGGUCUCGUGAUGGCUGGACACCGUGAGCAGAGCAUGUACAGGGAGCUCAAGCGCGUGAUUCCCACUGCGGCUGCCUUUGGUGGUGCUUGCAUUGGUGCUCUGUCUGUUGCCUCGGAUCUCCUUGGCGCCUUGGGUAGUGGAACGGGUAUUCUCCUUGCCGUGACCAUCAUCUACGGAUACUUUGAAAUAGCCGCCCGAGAAGGAGACUUUGGUUCUGGCCUGAAAGGCCUUGUUCCUGGCAACUAA